UGCGACUCUUCCGCCGGCCGGCCCACACCCACACCACGGCUCUUAUCCGCCUCGACAGUCAAAAUGCUCCGCCCUAUCGCCACCGCCUCCACCACCCCCGUCCUUCCCACCGUCAAGCUCCACAACCCCCUAAAAUCAAACCACCCGCCACCCGCAAUACGCAGAAAACCAUUUGUCCUGUCAAGUCUAACCCUCACGAAAACCCUCACCAGGAAUAGAGCUCUCCGAUUCGCCGCCACCAGCUCCGAAAGUACCUCCGAGAAUGAGUGGGAAUUUCGGGACGCAGAAAUUGGGGAAGAUAACGGCGGCGGCGAUGAGGGCUGCCCCUGGGAAGGCGCGAUUGUGUACAAGAGGAACGCCGCUGUACUGCAUUUGGAGUACUGCACGACUCUCGAGAGAUUAGGGUUGGGGAGGGUCUCGUCGGCGGUGUCGAGGAAUCGGGCCUCACAGAUGGGCCUGCGAGUGGUGAGGCCCGUGAGGGACUCUCCGGACGGGACGCCGGUUUUGGUCUCUGUGGGUGUUACGAGGAGGAAGCAAAAGCUGCGGCUGGACGGAAUUGUUAGGACUGUCCUUGCUCUUAACUGCAACAGGUGUGGGGAGCCAGCUGCCCAGAGCUUGUACUUGGAUUUCUCGCUUUUGCUGUGCGAACAACCAAUCCCAGCAGAGGACACUAUAAACAUGGGUGUCAUAUUUGGAGACGACAAAUCCAAGAAUUUUGGAAUGGAGGAUAAUGAGGAGAAUGAAGAUGCCUCUAUUGACUUAGACGAUCAGUUAUAUUUUCCUGUUGGUGAGAAAACAAUCGACAUCUCGAAAAACAUAAGGGACCUCAUACACUUGGAGAUCAACUUUAAUGCAGUCUGUGAUCCUGGCUGCAAAGGACUCUGCCUAAAUUGUGGUGCUAACCUCAAUAUCAAUAAGUGUUCGUGUAAGGAGGAUGUGAAGGAAAAAAGUUACCGGCCUCUUGGAGAUUUAAGAAAGCAAAUGCAGCAAAGUUGAAAAGUUGAACUAUGGGCCUCUUGGGGUAUCUUCUGCCCGGACUUAUAAUUGAAUGUAUUGUAAUAUCUUUCCAUCUUUUUUUUAUUUUUAUAUUCGUUUUGCUAAUGGCUCAUUAUGCAAAAUUGUGUUGAUAUGUGAUUUUUACCAAGAUUCGCGAGAGAUUUUGGCAGUCUGCAAUGUAAGAAAUAGUAUCAAAUGACGAGGAGUAAAUUAAACUGUAACUUUUCAAUGAAAUUUGGCUAAACUGCUGUCAUUAAGCCAACAAAAAUUGUUUUUCUUUCAUUUACUUUAUGCCAUC